AAUUGUUUUCGUAGACGUAUAGCAAGACAUUGUUUUACCAAGCAGAAGCUCUUUGAUUGCUGGUCGCUGAGUCAGCUAUCAGCUCGAAAAGAGGUUUAACCAUGGGAACUUCAAAGGAGUUUCGACUGCUAGCAGCUUUCUUGAUUUUGGCAUCGCAGCAUAUCAUAGCCGAACAAGAUGUGCCAUCGGUUUCUUCUCCGAACUAUAACGAACAGCCCGAAUCCGAACGCCCGGUCAUUAAACCCGAAGUCAACCCGAUCCCCGACGUUAACACGACCACCGGAAGCAACCCGAUCCCCGAGGUAAAUCCGAACCCGAGCAUCGUCAAUCCGUCGGUUCCCGAAGUGCAACCAGUUCCCGACAAUGUCACUCCGGACGCCCAACCGGAUCCUCAGCAGGUCUACAGGGACUAUCUGCAGAACUAUCUCCGUGACAACUGCCAGAAAGCCUCGGAGCCGACGCAUAUUCCGGGACCGCCGGGCCCGCCAGGGUAUCCGGGCCCGACAGGUGUCAGUGGUCCCGCGGGAAUGCCCGGUAGUUACGGGAACAACGGGAUUAAUGGACUCAGUGGGCGCGAUGGGUUACCCGGUGAAAGGGGAGCCAAGGGCGAGCAAGGAUAUCCUGGUCUUUCCGGUACCCCGGGGAUGCCCGGGCUGCGGGGAGACGAGGGCCCUCGAGGGCCCCAAGGAAGUGACGGGAGCAAUGGCAGGGCCGGAGCGGUAGGAAAAAAUGGCACACCAGGCAGAAUUGGGCCCCAAGGAGAUCAAGGCUUCCCUGGGGUUGAAGGUCAGAAAGGGUCCCGUGGAUACAAAGGUGACGACGGAGAACCAGGUGUUGAUGGGGUUUGCAACUGCGACCCUCAACCGCAGCAACGGAACACACCCGCGUCGGGAACGUCGGCAUUCUCCGUCGCUCGGACGUCGGGUCUGACCGCGACAGACGGGCCGGUAACCGUCACAUUCCAGCAUGUCUUCGUCAACGUCCAUGAUGAUUUUGAUAUCAACACCGGGAAAUUCAACUGUUCCUUACCAGGUCUCUACUUCUUCACUAUUAACGUCUACAAGUCAUCGACAACAAACUUCCCUCUGGUACAAAUACUGCUUAAUGGUGAUCACCAGGCAGCGGUGAUUGACUACGGAAGCACCGACACGGAGGACUCGGCGACGAACAGCAUCAUCCUCAGUCUCAACUACGGAGACGAGGUUUGGCUUCAGCUCUACGAUGGACGCGAGCUGUACAGCAGCCACUACAGAUUCACCACGUUCUCGGGAUUCAGAAUCGGUUAAAAGUGUGUCAUCUUAGCAAGCAAUCUGUUUAUAUUAAUGCUGCCUAAAGGGCCACUUUAACCAAAACGGGCUAAAAAAAAAAUGGAAAAAAGGACAUGUAGAAUAAUUU